UGACAAGGGUCACAUUAACUGUUAAAUCCCAGAGAGUGAUUUAAACACCAAGUACAAUAGAAUAAAUUUUAAUACUACUUUUGGUAUUGGUUCUUGAGAGUUAAACAUUAACAUAAGGUCAAAUGUAGAACUAUGACUAGAUUGGCAUGCAUCAUGGAGCUUUAGUAAUCACAGAAUGCGUUGAAUUUCCACCAUAAAUGAUGAAAUGAUGAAGAAUUAGUAAAGUAUAGAGUGGAGUUGAGUUUAGAAGAGUGUCAAUCUUUUACCCGUGUCUCAUGCGAUAGUCUGGACGCUUCACAUUAACUCCUGAUGUGCAAAUGAGUUCUGGUUAAUGUUCUGAAGGAGUAUCUGAAGUUGGAGUUACUCAGUUAGUUGCUGACCCCCUUCUGCGAAGUCCAAAAUGAAUGGCUACGCUGCCCCUACAUACCCCUCUGGAAACUUCAGUAACUCCCAGCUGAAUGGCCACCGAUCUCAGUCACCAGAGCUCCCAGCGCUCGACGCCAGCAAAUCCAGCGCAAAGGCUAUCUAUGAGCAAAGAAAGAGCUACAGUAAAAACAGCUUGAACAACAGCAUGAUCGACACGUCGCAAUACCUUGUUGAGCACCUGACCACCUUCAUCAUGGACCGUAAGGAUGCCAUGCUCACCAUCGAUGACGGCAUCCGUAAGCUGCGCUUGCUGGAUGCCAAAGGGAAGGUGUGGACGCAGGAAAUGCUGCUGCAAGUGGAUGACAAGGCAGUGAGCCUCAUCGACGCUGACACCAAGAACGAGCUGGAGCACUUCCCUCUGGGCACGGUGCAGCACUGCCAGGCCAUCAUGAACUCCUGCAACUACGACUCCAUCCUGGCGCUGGUGUGUAAGGAGUCUGGACAGGGCAAACCAGACCUGCACCUCUUCCAGUGUGAUGACAUCAAGGCAAAUUUGAUCCAAGCAGAUAUUGAGAGUGCCAUCAAUGAUCACAAGGGCGGAAAGGCCAAAAAGCGGCCAGAGGUUCUCAAGAUGAUCCGGAACAGCGAUGGGACUAUUCCACCUCCUCCUGGUGGCCCCGCCCCUGUUCCUCCAGCAACCGCCAAUCAAGUGGGCAUGAACAGCAGAGUGGCUGCUUGGUCAAACUUGGCCAGUGAUCAUCAAGACUAUGAUACCCAAAGGCCAUAUGGGGAACAGGAUGAAUCUCCGGAGAUGACUGCAGUGCGAAUAGACAGAGACGUGCAAAUCCUGAACCACAUUCUGGAUGAUAUCGAGCACUUUGUCACCAAACUUCAGAAAGCUGCAGAGGCUUUUAAUGAACUUUCCAAGAGGAAGAAAUCAAAAAAGAGUAAAAAGAAGGGACCAGGAGAGGGAGUGCUGACACUCCGAGCGAAGCCGCCGGGACAGGACGAAUUUGUUGACUGCUUUCAGAAAUUUAAACAUGCCUUCAACUUGCUGGCAAAGUUGAAAACCCACAUUCAGAACCCAAGCGCGGUGGAUCUGGUUCAUUUCCUGUUUAAUCCACUCAAAAUGGUGGUUCAUACAUCAGGAGGAGUUGACUUGGCUAAGAGCGUAGUGGUUCCCCUCCUCACCAGAGACGCUAUAGAGUUCCUGCACUCUGCGGGCACUGCUGAAGAGCGCCACCUGUGGGUCACGCUGGGGGAUGGCUGGACUAAAUGCAGGCUGGAGUGGCCUAAGGAUCAUUACUUCCCCCCUCACACUCUGCGAUUCCGGGAUGGCUGGGAGCCUCCGCUGCUUGUGAGCCGAGAGCAAGGCCUGACUCAGCUGGCUGAGAGCCUGGCUCAUGCUGACCUCCACAGACCGGAGCAGCAGGCCAAUGUGCAGGAAUUCCCCUCAGCAGAAGGGUAUGGCUUUACCACCACUGCCUACGAACACAUGCACCUCCUGGAUACACACACGGCAGUGGCUGCUUUUAAACAGGCAUUCAGCCACCACGUAGAUAGAAACUCUGAAGCCCAUGGUAGAGGCCAGCCAAGAAGUUUUGCCAAAUCAAAAUAUGACUUUGUGGCCAGGAAUGGCACAGAGCUGUCUGUGGCGAAGGACGAGGUGGUGGAGGUUCUGGAUGACAGGAAACAGUGGUGGAAGGUUCGAAACGGAACUGGAGUUAUAGGAUACGUGCCAAACAACAUCCUCGAGAUCACCAAGGCUGUGGAUGUGAAUGGACGCGGCGAGCCAAUUUACAGCCAUACCAUUCAGAAGCAGAGAAUGGACUACGUGCCCAAACCUGGAAUCACAUCCAUCCCUCCAGCUCCGACUCCUCCUCCUCCAGCUCCUGCUCCUGCGCUUCCCAUCUACUCACUGCCCCCCAGCGCUACUGCUCCUGUAGAGCAUCAUGGGAACUCGCCAUCCAACGUCAGCCGCCAGAGCAGCAGCAACUCCAGUGACAAUGGCAGCAUCACUAUGAGAGAGCAGAAAGAACACAGCGUGACACCUGCUAAUCGCCGCAAGUCCAACAUGGAGGAGGUUCAGGACGAGCUGGUGCACAGACUCACUCUCGGUCGCAGUGCUCAGAAGAAGUUCCAGGCUCCACCACGCAGCACCACUCUGCCCACUGCCAACAUCACCUACGACUCCACGCCUGAGGAGGUCAAAGCCUGGCUCGAGGUUAAAGGCUUCAGCGCUGUGACUGUAAACAGUCUGGGUGUGUUGACUGGAGCUCAGCUCUUCUCCCUCAACAAAGACGAGCUGAAGACUGUUUGUCCUGAUGAUGGGGCUCGAGUCUACAGCCAGGUCACCGUACAGAAGGCUGCCCUCGAGAGGAGUUCGGGCUCUGAGCUUCAGGAGAUCAUGAGGAGGAGACAGGAGAAACUAGCAGCGACAACAGCCAGCGACUCGGGAGUCGAGUCCUUUGAUGAGGGGAGCAGCCACUGACUCUCUCGCCCUCCUCUCCUCUUCUCUUGCACUUUUUCAUCCUUUUCACAUUGUCGUUUUUCAGGAUGCGGUCGAGUUUGCAGCCAUCAUGCGCCGUCGUCAGGAGCUCCUGGACCCGCCCGACCAUGGAACCAGCUCGGAUGUAGAUUAAGCAGCAGCAUGGACAAAAACACCGUGUUUGACAGAAGAGGAUUUGUAGGAUUUUGUAGGAUUUGUAAUAUACUUGCUACGUAGACCAAAAUAAAGUACCACAAUGAAGAUGACUGUAGGUUUAAUAUAAAUAAAAUAAGGCUGAAGAGCAUGUAGUUGUUUCUAGAGCUGUCAAGUUAAGCAUUAAAUCAACGUCAUCAGUCCUUAAUGUUAUAAAUAUUUAAAAAUCAAAUUAUUAUUUAAAAAUAUAAGAAUUUAAAAAUCAUUGUGUAGUACUGCUGUAAUUUGAAGGAAAGAAGACAUUGAAUUACAGGAAGUGUUGUAAUGUGUGAGGCCGAUGACUGACUGAAAGUGAACAGGACACAAACAUGUUGUCUAGCAGUGAAGGAAGGACAUGCUCAGGAUGGCGAGGAAUGAUUUUUGCUGGACUUUGAUACGGACAUGGAUUUUUUUUUUUUUUUUUUUUUAAUUAAACUAACGGAUUUAGAUCUCCAUUGAACAUGUGUACCUACACGUUUGUACAGUGGGCUGUUGGCUUGGAAAGUAAAGUGUCUGGAACUUUCCUUUACUAACCAUACACACACACACACACACACACACACACACACAAGGUGGAAUCAAUACAGAAAAAUACAGAAAAAUGCAGAAAUAGGUGCAAUGUUACAGGGGAUUGGUGUACAUUUUUGUUUGCUGGAAAAAGAGGAUAUUUAUGUGUUUGAUAAUUUUCUAUUUAAGCCUAAUGCCAAAUGAGUAACUUUAUAUAUGACUCACCAUCCAUUAAAAGCCGUGGCCACAUUAGAACAUACAUUUCUGUCUUUCUGCCGUGUCCCUUCUAAUACUGUAGAUAUGUUUUCAGGGAUAUAUUUUGUACUAGAAUCUACAAAGCUGGCUGUUUAAGGUUAUGCUCAACACACCUGCAUGCAUAAUCAUUUCUGUUUUGAAAAUGCUUUUGGAUACCGUGGAUAGGAUGAUUUUGUACUCUGCUUUGUUUUGGGUUUUUUUGGCAAACGAUCAUCAAUGUUUGAUUUUAAAUGUUUACUAUUACAUUCAGAAAGUUUGUUUCUUCAAUUUUUGUUAUUGAUUUGAUGUAAUCUGAAUAUCUCUCUGAACACUGAUGGUCAGAAGGACUCUAGAGUAAGAUUAUAGUACGACAUUUCUCUUUUUUCUGAUUUCUUAGUGACUGAAGUGCCAUGUUCAUAUAGGAAGAUCUUAAACAGCAGUAAAUGAAUAGUGAAAGGCUCUUUCAUAAGCUCUGUAAGCCAUUUACUCAGUGGGUGAGCCACACUUCCUCAGCUCCUGCUUUUCGGCUUUAUGCUGUGAUCAUUUCAUGAAUGAAGGCUGGCCAUUUUCUAUGAUAUAACUAGCACUUAAAUGGAAGGACCUUCAAUAAGAAGAAAUAAACUGGUAAAGAUCUACAGAAUAAAUCUAUAUGAAAUCUA